AUGGAUGCUGGUGAGCUCUGGAUGUUUGUACCUUCGCCGGAGUCGCCGUUGAUUGCUGGAUCUUCUGAUGUUAACGGCCAUGGUGGUCUGUACAUGCUCUGGCGUCGGCCUGCUGCCAGUGCAUGGUUUUGUGAAAGAGAUAAUUGCAAAGUCAAGGCAAAGAGAGCUUUAGAUUUCUAUAUGAGUGAGAUAAUAAUAGAGGUUGAUUCAAAUGGUGGUGACAAUCCUUCAGUAAAUGAGGGUGAACAAAGAAGAUUAGAAAUCAAUGAUCAAGCAGGAAUUGGGGUGUCUAGAAACUAUCAUUCAAUAGUUGUUGAAGCGGGGGGAUACGAGUCAUUGACAUUUGAUAAGCAAGAUGCAAGGAAUUACAUUAAUAGAGCUAGAAGAUUAAGGCUUGGUGAAGAAACUUGUUUUGGGCUUGAUGCAAGGAGUCGGGCUAUGUAUGAAUCAUUUGGAGAUAUUGUUUCAUUUGACACAAUUUAUCUGACGAACAAAUAUGACAUGCCAUUUGCUCCAUUUGUAGGAGUCAAUCACCAUGGACAGUAUAUUUUGCUUGGUUGUGGAUUGUUAUCUAGUGAAAACACCGACACAUUUGUUUGGCUAUUCAAGUCGUGGUUAAGUUGCAUGUCAAAUAAACCUCCAAAAGCUAUCAUAACUGAUCAGUGCAGAGCUAUGCAAAAUGCUAUAAAAAUUGUCUUUCCACAGGCCUGGCAUCGAUGGUGCUUAUGGCAUGUAAUGAAGAAAAUACCGGAGAAGUUGAAAGGAUAUGCUCAGUAUGAACCCAUGAAGUUGGCUAUGCAAAAUGCAAUUUAUGAUUGUUUGACAAGAGAUGAAUUUGAGAAAAAAUGGGAAGAGAUGCUUACUAAAUUCAAUCUUUAUGAUAAUGAGUGGUUGGGGGUACUAUAUCAUGAGCGGCAUCGAUGGGUUCCUGUAUAUGUUAAAGACAUUUUUGGGGCUGAGAAAGAGAAGAAAUCAGACAUCAAAUCUCGACACAAAUUUUUUGAUUGUCUAACUAUAUAUGGCUUUGAGAAGCAAUUUCACACCAAUGCAAAAUUCAAAGAAGUUCAAGGAGAGUUGAAGAGAUUAGUGUACUGUCAAGCCUUGAUUGUCAAAGAGGAGGGAGCAAUUUGUACAUAUAAUGUCCAAGAAGCGAUGGUAGUUUGUGACAAGAUGAAGCAUGUGGACUUUGUUGUGUAUUUUAAUUCAAUUGAAUGUGAAGUUCAGUGUAUGUGUCGGUUGUUUCAGUUUAGAGGGAUUAUGUGUGCUCACUCACUCGCGGUGCUUGUGAGAAGGUGCAUAAAUGAGGUGCCAAGUAAGUACAUUUUGCCACGUUGGAGGAAAGAUUUGGUUCGAGAGUACACAUGCAUCAAAACCACGUACACUGGCUUUGGGGAUGAUUUCAAUACAAUUUGUUAUGAGAGGAUGAACGAGAAAUUGAUCGCCAUUAUACAACUUGCUGGUAAUUCAGAAGGGAAAAUUAAAAUUAUAGACCGUGGGUUGGAUGAAAUGAAGGAUAAAGUCAUGCAUGAUGAAUCUGGUGAUGGGAGUAAUUUACCACCUUCUACUAAUAGGAUACCAUCUUCUACAAAAAGUCCAAUUGCCACCGGAUGUACAUCGGGUGCUAGUACGAGGAAGGUGGUUAGUCCUUUGGUUGUUCGGCGAAGAGGCCGUCCAGUAAUGAAACGAAAGGUUGCCAAAGUAGAUCAAAUAGUGAAUCGGUUCAAGGCUGCUUAUAUGGUUGGCAUGCAAAAUAGUGUGUAUGCACCGGUCGUAAAUGCUAUUGGAGGCACAUCUCUUAUCCCUUCGAACUUUGUAAGCAGCACACCGAGAAGUUUGAUGAGUGCUCCAACUCAAUUUUUUGGAUCUGGAUCUCUAACCCCAUCGGGUUCUAAUUGUUUGAGCAUUUUGUCAGUGUUUGAGCAUGAUUUUUUGAGAGUUCAUGCAGAAGCUCUGUUGACAGUUCAUGGUUUAAGAAAUCUGUAA